CUAUAUGUUUGAAUGGUUGAAAAUAUAGGUACUUAUUGAUAGCUGAAUGUUACUGAACGAGCAGUGCAUGUUUCUGUCGACGUGAGGGAACAAUUUUUCAGAGAAAAUAAAUGGUAAAUCGAACAGAUAGUAAGUCGAUAAGCCAUACAGUUAGGCAGAGGUCUAAGAGCCAGUCUGUUAGCCGGCCAGCAACUAAAUUUUAGACAUGGAUGGGUAGGUCACCAACUCAACUCGCUGUCAGCAUUGAAGUAAGACCUAUGCUGAACUCGAAACUCAGAGAGUGAAGUCGGCUUCUUGAUCAGUUAUGUUAGUUGGUGUUUCGAUUUAAUGGCCUGUUUGUUAAUUAGGUGGUUGGCUGGUUUGAAGUCAAUCAAUUUAGUUUGUCAUUGAGUCAAUCUUUUCAUCAGUCAGGCAGACAGAUAUGUAGAGAAUCAGUCGGUUUGGCUCCCUGACUAUCCAGUUAAACUGUCGUCUGUUCGUCCGUCAUGAAGCAGUUCUGGACAAUGGUUCUUUAGAUAAUCCAGUUGUUUAGUAACGGUUCAUUCUUCAUCAGUUUGAUAGCCAUCUGAUUCGAGACAUAUUUUAGUCAGGCAAUCACUCAAUCAACCAGCUGGUCAGAGGUAGAAAUCAAGAUUGUUGUGUUUUCCGGCAAUGAUAUACAUAAGCGCUAAAGCGUUGGAAUUCGACAUAUGUCACUUUUAGAUAACAAACAAAGCGGAAUGAAGAAUUUCAUUUGAAAGUGUUGUGCCUGAAUAUUUUAGUAAGCACUUUUGAUUGGCUUACAAAUUUAGAUAGAUCAGUCUUUGCCUUUACCUUUGUAUUUCCAAGAACACUUCCGCUGGCAAACGUUCGAGGUAGAAAUGUUUAGACCAAGGAUAUACUGACCCAACACAAGGCUCUACACUGUUAACAAUAUCAGUAAAAGUUUCUGUGGAUAUGACUAUUUCAAGAAAGAACUAGGAGGAAUUUAUAUCUUUAGCUCUUUAAAUUCUGUUAUUAAUCUAGAGGAUUGCACUAGAAGUUUUAUUUACGUACUCACCAUCAAGAGGUAUAGCAUAUAUCUGGGCAACCGUGCUCUCCUCAAAAUUUACUGCCAUUCUUCAGUCUGAGUUUGCAGAACUUUAUGGUUUUGAUUAGAAAAUGGAAAAAAAUCCGUUUUCUUUCACGCUAUAACAACGUCAUAUAGCACAUAAAGACGCAUAUUACUCGAUACGAAACGCCACGAAUGCAUAAACAUUGAGAUGGGCUUUUACCAGAUCUUCAGAGGAAUCAACUAUAGACAACAAGGUAUUUACCAGCUCUUAACACUUUGUAACCACUCCUGACGCUAUUAUCAUAUUGCUCAAAGGAUAGUGCAUUAAUCGCACAUUUCCAUCGCUAGAAUUCUUUAUUGCAUGCCGUCAUCGAUAGUAAAACCGACGGUUAACGAAAACAGCAUCUUAGUGUUCUAAAAACUCACUUGAAGAUGUUGAUCAAUGUGAUAAAGUUUCUCGGAAUUCUUUUAUGUUGUUCUGAGCUUUUUAAAUUAUUAAUGGGGAAAAAGACUGAAACAAAGGCUGGCAGUCAUUCCAAUGGAAAAAAUCUGGCAAUUAUACUUUAAAAUCGAAGAACUGUCAGUUUUAGUGGAUUCUAGGAAUCCAACAAUUCUCGCCGGGGGAACUGAACAGCAGCGCCCAGAAACUAAAAGGUGACGGUGCUGAAGACUGGUUUUGUUGGCUAAACAUGCAAGAGUAAUAAAAUAACGUUCUACUUUUGUUGGAAAGGAAAACACUUCUUGAAAAUAUUACUUGCUGAUUGCGAUAGGAUCUAAAGAAAGUCUUUAAAAAGUCAGUAAUCUUAAGCGUGAACAAUAACUGCAAGUCAACGAUCGCCAUAUUGUAGAAUAUUGAAUGUACAGUAUAGUUAGAACGGUUAAGAUUUCAUGGACCUCUGUGAAGAAUUUGAACUGAAACGAAUGAAAUUAAGGAUUAUGAUAUCGUUUUCCGUAUACAUGCACAUGCGUGCUUUGCAUCUUUGCUCGAUUAUCUUUUUAAGAUGGCGAGUUAGAAACAGGCUCUCUCAGUUGCACCAGUCCGUACUAUAUAAUCAUUUUGCAGCCGUGUUCUCCCCUCUAACACUGCCUAAGAUUUCACUAAUAUGGCAUAUCAUUGCAACGGUGAUAAAACGAGAUGUUUCAUCAUAUGAUUGCAGAUAUCUACCUGAAUUUGGAAUCUGUAUGUAUGCACACGCUAACUGUUUGUGAUGAGCCAGUAUAAUUCAGCGUAUACGAAACUGAUCAGUGGCGUGUAGAAAAAUAUUUUAUAGUCAUGUACCAGUUUUCUAUUCCCCCGUUUUAAUUAUUUUCUGUCUUUGUACCAACACUCGACUCAGCUUUUAAGAGAUCAGUUAAAAGCCAUAUAAAUUGAAAUUCAUUGUAUUUCCUUGUAAAUCUUUGUCGAAAAUGGUCAGGCACGAUCUCAUGGGGACUUCAGACAUCUCUUUUGAAAUAACGUAGACAUUAAAAGUGACUUAUUAUGUCUUUUGGCUCAGCUUUGAUAAAACUAUAGAGAGGUUUCCUAAGUGCGGCUAAAUUUUGAGAAACGCAUAGCGUUCUAACCCUUCCUAGACAGUAAUUUCCAGACACUACAAUUCAGUCGCAAGUUUGUUUUCUUAACUCUGCACCUAAUCGUUCUUUUUCAGUCAAGCAUAUCAAUCAUUUUUCAAAGUCACUCACCCUGAACCAAUAUAACUACCACUUGUUUUAGACAGGUUCACCAUUAUUGGUUGUUCAAGAGCCGAAUGAAAGUUAUUUCGCAUAAUUCACUUUAGCUUGCUUCCUGUUCUUCUCUACCGCGUCUUGCCGAGAAAAUAUAGCUAGAAAUGAACUCAAUAACAAUAUUUUCCAUUGUAAAAAGGCAACACAAGAUGGACGGUCAAAAUAUAAUUUGGAAGAAUUUGAUAUUUUUUGCUGAACCGCCAGCCACGAAUAUUAUUAUUUUAGCUAUUUCUGCAAGGUUUUGAAUAUGUUCUGUUACAGAUCGGCCAAGGACUGUGGUAGAACACGUCCCUAAAUCUUUGUUUUCAUAAUUAAAUCCGAGUCAAAAAUUGUCGCACGUGCGGAAAGUGUCAAAAGAAUUCGUGUCUAACUUUAGUUUGAAAUAAAUUUCAAUUUAUUUUUACGUUCCUACUGCACACGAGGAGCCUGGCACUAGCAUUUGCUUCGCAUGAAAACGAGACUAAUGUAAAUUAUUCAAGUUACCUUGGUGAUUCAACAUGGCGGUCAAAAACGGUGCAUACAGCCUGGAAGAAAAACGGGAUGCUGUGGCUUUUUUUAACAAGAAUGAAGUACCGAAACAGAUUGAAGAGCUUCUGAAUAAGAUGUUCAAGGAGAAGCCCAACGAUAUUUUUGGAUACAUGGGGGAAUAUUUUGGGAAACGUUCCAAAACACCAACAAUUUCAAAGGUCUCAGCAGCAGAAGUUCUAAGUACCCGAGGAUUCCCAACCUUUGAAGUCAGCUUUGACUGCACCAUUAAUGGACUCUCAAAGCCCAUAGCAAGUGUUGUGUCCCCUAUUGAUUCCAGUCCUCCUGCUGAUUCAUUGAGUUCCAAGUUUGUCAAAACCCCAGACAUGAAAACUAAGACACUUGUCAGUGAGCAAUCCAAACUGCAAAAGGGGUCAGAGGCUGUUAUUGUGAGCAGUGAAGGAGAAUUGGUUGGUGCAACUCCAGGAAUAGAUGUGGAUGAGAUAAUUGAGAGAAUCGCUGAUACUAUUACACCAUGUGUUGUUGGACUGGACCCAACAGAUCAAAUGAUGAUAGAUGAAACAUUGCAGAAAAUGAUAGAAGAAGAAAAGCCGUCAGUACAAAUUGAUAGCAAUGACCAUGAUGAAGAUCAAACUGAGGAAGAACUGGAGCCUGACAAAGCUGAAGACUCAAACAAGAAGUCAAAUGUGUCCAGAGGAGAGAGCAAACAAUCGCAAAUUUCACAGGAUACUAGCAAGAAUGCAGAAAGCAAAAAAGGAACAGUUGCUACGAAGGAGUCACAAGCACAAAUGGUGCCUGAUUUGGACGAAGAGGAGAUCUGCAGAGAUUGUGCUAUGAUUGGUGUGUCUAUAGGGGCGGCAGUCACUGGGGCAAAAAUUAAAGGAGUCUCUUUGUAUAAACAUCUUGCAAAACUUGUGGGAAGAGAGAUGGAUGAUAGCUUUACUGUUCCUAUUCCAAUGAUGACGUUACUGACGAGUGGAAAGCAGUCUGCGGGAAAACAAAAUCUUAUUAAAGAAGUUUUGAUUUUACCUCAACCAGGAACGCCCAUGAAAAAGGCUUUGCACCAGCUCACCAACAUCCAUCAGCAGAUGGGCGAGACUCUUGUUCAAAAAUACGGACCUUCUGGUCGGUGUGUAACUGAUAACGGUAGCUAUUCCCCUUCAAUGGACAAGCCAGAGCAGGCUUUAGAUUUUGUUCAAGACGCGGUGUCUACAUGCGGGUAUAGCUUGGGUACUGAUGUUCACAUCGCACUCAAUUGCGCUGCCUCAGAAAUUUAUGACCAGGAAAAACUAAAGUAUGAGAUAAUGGCUAACGCCUUUAAGAGUGUGGAUGAUGUGAUCAACCUUUACUGUGAACUUCACGAGAGAUACCCUGCAAUCAUAGCCAUCAUUGAUGGUGUCAGGAGUCCGGACAAGGAAGGCUGGAAGAAACUCAGUCAGAGGAUCGGAGAGAAGUGUUUCGUUAUUGGUUGUGAAUUGUACAGAAAACAUUCCAGUGUUUUGGACGGUGGAGUCACCGACAAACUCAGUAGUGUUGUAGCUCUAAGCCUGGAUCAAGCCAAUACGCUUACAGGAUUGUCUCAAAUGGCCAAGACCGUCACUGAUCAGGGAGGUCUCAUUGCACUGGCGGAUGGGCCAUGCGCAGACGCUUCUUCCAUUCUAGCGGAUCUGUCUGUAGCUUUUGGUGCCCGGUUCAUCAAACUCGGCGGUCCAGUCCGCGCUGAGCAUGUAAGUAAGUACAGAAGAUUGCAGCAGAUCGAGCAGGAACUGGAACAGACAGGUCACCUGACAGCUCAAGAUGAGCACGUGUUUCCUGUUAUUAAUGUGGUCCAGGAGGACUCUGAAGAACCGGAGAGCGAACAGAGUUAAAGCUGCUGAGAGAUUUUUCAGCUUUAAUUAUUUUAGUUCUUUUAGCCCUUCGUCUUUCGCUUUGACGAAGAGCUUAGUAACAUUUUUAUGGUGGCUAAUUUUCAUGACCAACUCUGUUGAUAAAACCAAAUUAUCUUGUAAUACCCCCACCGACGCAGCACCACAGUUUCUUUAGAAACUUAACCACUUUACUCUUAAGUAAAGGCAGGCUAUGAGGUUGGGAUUUUCAUUGUGUUAGGUUUCUUCACUAAAGGGUAGGUGAUUCAAACGUCAACUGCAGUCAAACUAAAAGACACAUUCCGUGAGCGUACAUAAGGUGUUUAUUGUUAAAUUCAACUAGUGAGUGUCGUUAAACAAAAACCAAAGAAAUCACCGAAAGCAAUGGUAACAAGAAUAAUUUGACAGGGAACCCAUAAGGAGCUCAGGUAAAUACAUGAUAGCGCUCGGUUGGUCCAGAGGGUGGCAAGAAUUUUUUAGACCAAUCACAAAAGCCAGGGAAGGCCAACCAAUGUAAUCCUGGAUUGCUUUAGCCAUUAAAUUGAAAACUGUUCUAACAUACCUGCAGACACUUUGUCCGGGCGAGCGUGUAUUUGAUGCAAUCGUUUUCUUCACCAUAUUGAAAGGCGAUUCUAUAGACAUUUUACUAACGAAAUAAAAAGAGAAAAGUGCAAAGUUGA